GAACCACUUUAGCCUUGGCCUCCCUUCCUCUCUUUCUCUGCGCUCCAAAACUGACUGGGCUCAUACCGAGUCAGACUCGCCUCCGCCGAGCCCGAGAGAAAUGGAGCGGAUCAGGCCGCAGAGGCGGGUCCAAAUCGACCAAUCACAGCAGCCCAAAUACGACGGCGUCGAAGAAGAUGAAAACGGAAUGCGAUUAAGACCAUCCAAUAGCAAUGUGACGGACGAUCAAGAGCCGUUCAUGGGCGUGAAGGUCCGCAGAAAAGCCUCGCUCCACAGAGACUAUAAGGGCGACUACAUCGACGUGGCCUCCCACCCCUUCUUGAUCAAGCUUUUGCAGAAACAAGGUGACAGGCACGUUCUGUUUGCUGAUAAAAUUUUGAAGUUCACUGGUUCAGGGAAGAUGAAACGACGUAUUGUAUUAAUUACUGAUGUUGCCAUUUACAUUCUUGACCCGGAGACUAAUGCACUUAAACGGAGGAUUGGCCUGGCAGCUGUGGAGAAGAUGUGUUUGAGUGAACUAAGUGAUAAUUUCUUUGCAAUAAUAAUUCCUAGAGAGUAUGAUUUACUCAUGGCUAGUACUCGCAAGACUGAAAUUGUUACUGUCUUAGUUGAAGCUAUUAAGGAUGCAUCUAACAGUGAACUUGAGGUGGUUUUCUCGAAUAGGUUUGAGUAUCGUGCAGCUGCUGAUUUGGUGAAGGAAGUGCAAUUUGAGGAAGUAGAAGGGGGUGUUAAAACAAGAAUCGUGAGAAAAUGAGUGGCACGUCAUGCUUAUGCCAUCACAUGUUUGUAGACUUUACAGGGAUUGGCUGUAUUGUAAAGAUGAAUUAUUCUUUAGCAUCGCAUGUCGAGGUUGUGCCCAGAGUUAAGUCUAGCCCCAUUGAGAAAUAUUUCCUGCUUCUGAAUUCAAGUAUCUUAUGUGUAGUUCUUAUACAAAGACAUUCCUGUGCUUUUCUUAAAAACAAAACAAAACUUUCACAAGGAUGUAUAUGUCAUUAUAUAGAAUUCUGAAAUUAGUUGGUAAAAAUGUCUGCAACUACGGACAUGGAUUGUGU